UUAGCCAACGCAAGGAAGACCCUCUUUCCUGACAUACUCUCUCCGAGCGCCAGAAUGGAUCCGCUGCAGCAACCUGUCUCAGAGGUUCAUGCUGUUGCGGAGCCGCAGCAGAUUGUCGAACCCCAAGAGUCAGAGGCCCCCCAGUCGAUGCCAGUUCCGUCCGAACAGGAACAGCCGCUUGAACAAGCACUGGAGCAGCCUACUCCCGUCAGCGUCAAUCUUCAAGAGCCCCCUGUAGACCCGGUCGCUGCGCCGAUCGAACACGCUGCUGGUCACGUCCGGGUCGAUCAUGGUUACGCUAGCGACUCCAAAGCCCACUAUCACGCUCGUUCAAAUGAUUUCCACCAUUCCGCUCCUGAAUACCAUCCUCAAGAUGUUGAUCCGGCUUCUCAUCUCAAUUCAUCACCGUCCAUGACCCACCAGCCCCAGCUUAAUGUCGCACCGCGUCCCGGCUCCGGUUUUUCGAGUGGUCCGGAGCGACACAGCGUGCCACAGCCGUCAGAAGUUGCCCAAAGAGGGCAGUCGUCACAGGCGGCGAAGAAUAGCGUUGUCAUCAAGGUUGGAAUGGUCGGAGAUGCUCAGAUCGGAAAGACUAGUCUAAUGGUCAAGUACGUCGAGGGCAGCUGGGAUGAGGACUACAUUCAGACAUUAGGUGUCAAUUUCAUGGAGAAGACCAUUUCAAUUCGCAACACUGAGAUCACAUUUUCCAUUUGGGAUCUUGGUGGCCAGCGUGAGUUCGUCAACAUGUUGCCGCUUGUCUGCAACGAUGCUGUGGCCAUUCUGUUCAUGUUUGAUCUCACCCGCAAGAGUACCCUCAACUCCAUUAAGGAAUGGUACCGCCAGGGCCGGGGAUUCAACAAGACAGCAAUCCCCUUCUUGGUUGGAACCAAAUAUGACCACUUUGUCAACUUCCCUAGGGAAGACCAAGAAGAGAUCUCUCUACAGGCAAAACGCUUUGCUAAGGCGAUGAAGGCAAGCCUGAUCUUCAGCAGCACCAGUCACAGUAUCAAUGUUCAAAAGAUCUUCAAGAUUGUUCUGGCCAAAGCAUUCGAUCUCAAAUGUACGAUCCCUGAGAUUGAGAACGUCGGCGAGCCGCUGCUGCUGUACAAAUCGGUCUGA